AUGACCUACUUGAGCGUCACCAGGAAAAUAAUCGCGUCGAAAACCAUCACGACCUCUACCAUCCUCCUGCCCGAGUGCCAUGAGCCCCGCACUCGAAAAAGGCACUCCUUCAUGGCGAAUCCGUUGGAGACACUCAAAUCGAAGUUGCUCUCUCUCAACGGCGCCCGCAACCCCCAGAGACGACCGCCAGACGGUUCCCUGAGGACUGGCAAACCAGUCUGUACCCGCAAGGCAGCACCCUCCGGCCACAAACCCAAGCGAGCAGGCGGCAUACCUUCGAUGGCUUGCUCUCUCCUGCGCGUCAGAUCUGGCCUUCCCUUGGCGCCCGAUGUAAAUUCUUCAGACUCGUCGUCGUCGCGAGUCCUUCCCUCCAACGUCUGGCCUCUCAAGACCUUUAGCUUUACCCCCCCCUCCCUCCUCGACUUCCCCUUUUUAUUAUAUCUUUCUCUCAGCUAG